UGUGCGCGGAACUGAGAGGAGGGACCAGCUCGGGCCGCCAGACUCGGACAAACCCCGGCCGCACAGGGCGCCGCGCGCAGUCCAGCCGGUCCUGCCCUGCCCUGCCCCGCGCGGGCGGCGCGAUGUGAGGCGCCCGAGGGCCCGAGUCCCCCAGCUCCGCGCAGCGCCGGCGCCAGCAGGCGCUACGAACGUGCGCUGGCCCUCUUGCAGAGGGUCAUGUUUGCAAAGGAAGCAGCUCUUGGCUCUGAUACUCAGCAGCAGUGACUCCCCACUGAAUCACCAGAGGCUUGGCAGCUGAUUUUGUGCUGACUGAAGGUGAGGACGGCCACUCAACUCACCUCAGCGUCCCCAUCGCCCGGCAUACAGUAGCUCUGCUGCAGAGGCCGGGCUCCAGGACAAGAUGGCAGCCAAGCAGCCCCCACCUCUCAUGAAGAAACACAGCCAGACAGACCUCGUGAGCCGCCUGAAGACCCGCAAGAUCCUCGGCGUGGGCGGGGAGGACGACGACGGGGAGGUCCACCGCUCCAAGAUCAGCCAGGUCUUAGGCAAUGAGAUCAAGUUUGCUGUUCGAGAGCCUUUGGGGCUCAGAGUCUGGCAGUUCGUCUCUGCUGUGCUCUUCUCCGGCGUUGCCAUCAUGGCCCUUGCCUUUCCUGAUCAGCUCUACGAUGCGGUCUUCGACGGAGCGCAGGUGACCAGCAAGACCCCCAUCCGCCUCUAUGGCGGUGCCCUCCUCAGCAUCUCCCUGAUCAUGUGGAAUGCUCUCUACACGGCUGAGAAGGUCAUCAUCCGAUGGACUCUGCUCACUGAAGCCUGCUACUUCUCGGUCCAGUUCUUGGUGGUCACUGCCACGCUAGCCGAGACAGGGCUCGUGUCUCAGGGGAUCCUGCUGCUGCUGGCCAGCCGCCUCCUUUUUGUCGCCAUCAGCAUUUACUACUAUUACCAAGUCGGCCGAAAACCCAAGAAGGUGUAGCCACCCGCCGGGCCAGGGGCCCCUCUGGGGCAGGGAGGCCCUGGGACCGCCCUCGGGUCCCCUUUGGUUCUGGAAGGCAGGCCCUGGGCAGGCAGGGCGGGCGCCUUCCCCUUCCUCCCUGGAUGCUGUGAUCUUGGGCCCUCAGGGCUGGGGAGGGGACGGGGCCCUUCUAUCCCGUCCUGCCCCCCCCUCACGGUGAAGCCUCCUUCUCGUGGGUCUCCCGGCCUCUGGAUCCCCUGGACAGACGCUCAUGGGAGAGCUUGAGUCACGGGCCUCCGGCCGGGCCAGGCCCCUUCUUCCCCUAUCAUGAGACCCUUCUUUCUUGAGAGGCUGUGGACCGCCUCCCUGUCCGUCCCCUGCACCCCCCGGCCAACGAUGCCCAAGCAGCCAGACUUGGCUUCCGCCCCUGCUUGGAAAACCCGAGACCUCGACCCAGGGGCCCUUCCCUUCCAUGCAGGCCCACUCCGCACACAGGGGCCCCUGUGCUCUUUAAGCACCCAGCACAGCUGUGGGCUGGCAGGGAGCCCUGUGGGGGGCCGCCUUUGAGCCGACACCUCCCUUUCCGCCUCCCGGGGGCAGCGGGGCCCUGUCCUCAGCCCCGGCCUCACUCUUGGCUUCUCUGCCUUGGCCCCAGCUCGUGGAGGCCCCUUCCCCACCCCUGGCCCCAGGCCAGCCCUGACAGAUGAACACCCGGGUAACCCCGGAUGAAGGCCACCUGUCAGUGAUGGGGCUUGGGGAUCAGGCAGAGCGAAAACGUUUCCUCCUCACUUGGGCAUGUCCUCUGGGGUCUGCUGCACACCGACUCAGCCCCCUCGUCCACCUUCUCCCCUCCCCCAGCGUGCUGCCCUGAGGCCCGGCUGUGGGUGUGACUGGGUACCCUUCAAAGCUCAGCAGGGCAAAAAAAAUAGAAACAAUUCAGCAGGCCGCCUCCACUCACACCCAUCUCCCCCAGUGCCCCGGAGGGGCUGAGACCCUGCAGGCCCAGCACCCUUGUGCCCACCACCCACCGCGAGUCCCUCACCCAACGCCCUCCUUCACUCCGUCACACAGGGAUUGGCGGCCCCAGUGUCCUGGGGACGGGUGUGCAGGGAAGCAGGCCGGGCCCCAGAUUUGCCUCCUGUCUAAGCACCAUGUUGAAGGGGCGGAGUGGUUUGUUCUGAGGUGUAGCCCAGCUCCGGCUGCUGCCACGUGGGGGGGCCUCCCACCCUGACCCUGGGCCUCACUGCCCUCCCCUACACCCACAGCUGUCCCAGCGGCCACAAACCCGGCCACAUGGCCUUUGCCCAGUGACGCCAUCACUGUUAACGGAGGCCCGCCUGGCAGGUUGGGAGCCCAAGGCUGCUGACUGCGGCUGAGGGCAGGGGAAGCAGGACCCUGAGGACGGGCCAUUCCCGCCUGGCCUCCGUCCCUUGGGCUGAGGUUCUAGUCUCUCUGUAGAAUCCUGUCCACACCCGCUGCACCCCUCCACCGAGUCCUGGGCAGGCCUGCAGCCAGUGCAGCCUUUGGGAGGUGGUGGUGGUGUCUGGCGGGCCAUGCCCUCCAGCCCUGCUGUGUCGAAGCUGACCCAUGCUUUUUGAGGCCUGGCUAAUGCGCCAGCAAGUGAUGGACGGUUUGUCCUAAGAACCAACCGCUGAGCAGGGGAGGGAGGCUGGCAUGGAAGGGGGAAGCGUGGGCACCGGAGCAGGGCCAGGCCAAGCCGGCCAAGCUGGGGUGGGUGGCACGGCCGUGGCUCCGGAGAGGGUGGACGAGGGCCCGCAGGGACGGCGCUGUCCCUCCUAAGGUUCGAGAAGAUCCAGGAUGGCUCUACUCGGUUCACUCCUGCCAAGCUCUUGCCCCGUCCCCAGCCUCCUCCACCCCCACUCCCAAUCAAGACCACCGUUCCUCACGGUCACUAUUUAUUCUUCGUUCCUUUUUCUUUUUGUAAGAAACAGUCACAAAAACCAGUGCAAAACCA